AUGUCUUUUAGUGUAAAGCUUGAACAAUUUAGAACAAAGCACGAACUGGCUCGAAAUUUUUACGAUGAUAAUGAGUUUUGUCCACUUUAUGAUAUUGAAGAAGAGGCUUUUGAGCACCGAGAAAGGAUUCAAAAACGUGCAUCACCUCAUUCAUCACCCAGUCUAUCCUAUUAUAAUACUCCUACAAGCACACCUCCUAUGAGACGAUCGAUUCCCAUUAUCGAUCCUACCAAUAUGGCGCCUGUAUCGAUCAAACCAGACUCCACAUGGUCAAAUGUAUCUUACAGUAAUAGAAUGUAUUCUCAUUAUUAUGGCUGUGCCACACAACCUACUCAACCACGCAAGAUUAUCCCAAUCAUAGACCCUGCCACCAAACAAGCUCUUCCAUCUCCUAAAUAUCACGUUUCAGUUCGCUGA